CGUUGUGAUAGACGUAACAUUUAAAAAAACGCGUGUGUACCUGAUCCGCGGCCAGUUACGUUUUUUCUUCUGAAUAUUCCAAAGAAUCGUGCUUGUUUUUCACAAUGAUAAGACAAACCUUGCUCUUUUUCAUGACUUUUGUUACCGUUCAGUGGAUUCCCGUGACUAGCAGCUUUGAAAUCGGUGUGGAGUAUAACAUGACAGAGUAUUGGAAAAUGCCGGCCCUAUUUCAGUACGAAAGCAUCGAAGAGUGCCUCAGAUCCAAUCCGGCUGGGGUUUUCUGUGUGGUUAAAAGUGUGGUGAAACCUGACGACCGAUCGUUGAUUUGGAGAACUAUUGAAGAAUAUUCACAAUACCCAUUUCAGCAUCAACAUAGUGUUCUGACCCGUGGUAUCUGUUUGGAGCAAUGCGAAGAAUUAGUGAAAACAUUAUCCGAUCAGCAAAGGGCGCAGUUUUUGCAGCCCAAGUUCGAUGUUCAGUAUAAGUACAUUAUCAAUGAUUGGAUGGUGCCAAAUAUUCAAAAUUACAGACAUCGGUAUAGUACGAUAGUGAAUAUUUGUCAAAACUACCGAAUACAGACUAAGUACAAUAUAAGCGUAUACUCAGAAAUGGAAUAUUGCUCCACAAAUUCGACUAGAAAAACCGAUUAUUUGGAUAUCGCGUUCUUUGCAACCAUUGGAUCACUUUUGCUACUCGCCCUCGCGUCUACCGUCUACGAUUCCUGGCUAGCAAAGGAUCCCAAUCACUAUCGGAUGCCUUUGAAGGGUACAAAGACUAAGCUGCUGACCGCGUUCUCCCUGAGGCGAAAUAUCAAUCGACUCACAUUCAAACUGACUACUGAUCCUAUCCAGCAGGACCUGCGCUUCCUGGAUGCUAUCCGUGUGUAUUUAAUGGCCACCAUAACACUCGCUCACGUGAUUGCAGCACUGGUGAUGACUAGCAGCCAGAAUCCGGAAGCGCUGGAGAAGUUCGGCUCGAACAUAGGAACACAAAUGUUCCCAACACUCGUCCAACUGGAAGUGGACGUGUUCUUGGCCAUCAGUGGUCUUCUGCUAACAGUACACUUCAUCAGAUAUACCGAAAGCAAGCGGUUCAGCAUCAAACCAUUCUGGAUGGGAGUAGUGAAUCGGUAUCUUCGGUCCUUGCCGGUGUAUGCCUUGGUAAUUUUGUUCACCACCUCGAUCUCCGAUCACUUUCAGAUGAAUCCAUCAGCGUACAGAAUCAUACCGGUGGGUAGGACGAUAUGCCGGGAGAAGUGGUGGAUCAAUUUACUGUUUAUCCACAAUUAUUAUCGACCCGAAGAGCAGUGUCUAUUGCAUACAUGGUACAUGGCGGCUGAUAUCCAACUGUUCAUCGUCGGGCUGACGAUGCUAAUGGUGCUGUGGAAAUGCAAUAGUCUGCUGCGACCAAUGAUAUAUUUUCUUCUUGUGGUCGGAUUCAUUCUACCGAUGGUGAACGUGUACUACAACUCAAUGGACGCCAUCAUGCUAAUAAAUAUGAAGUCAAUAGCAUUUCUGCUGUGGUACGAUGAAUGGUUGACGCGAACCUACCAAGCGACGGAAACGCACUGCCUGUGUUACUUUGGUGGGUUGUUAGUAGGGAUCAUCUAUCACAAAAUGCAAAAGGAUGACCAGCUACUGGCAAAAUCAAAGCUGUAUACAAUGCUUCAGUAUAUCACAGUGCCGAUGCUGGUCUUAGUUUGCCUACCGGGUCCACUUUUCCACCUAUUCAACUUUAGCAAACCUUCCGUGUGGAUGUCCAUAUACGCCGGAGUUGUUCGACUGAUCGCAACUAGCUUUGUGAGCGUUGGAUUCUUGCUGCUCAUGUUUGCCCAGCCGGGUAGCUUUUUUGGGAAACUUCGGAUGUCCAAUCUGCUGCAGAAUGCAUUCUAUAGGGUACUCAGUAGGCUGAGCAUUGGCUUCUACUUGAUCCACUUAAUUGUAAUGGCAGCGAUUGUCGGUACCCAUCAUGAAGCUAUGAGGAUAUCGGUUGGGCUGGUGAUCAUCGUGUAUUGUUCAACUGUGUUAAUCACCUUACCUCUAGCGCUAAUGGCAUACAUUUUGGUGGAAAAACCUUUCGAUAUUAUAUUUAAACAUCUGUUGGGCGGUGGAACGAGAGAGGAAGAGAAAAAUGAUGCGAUAAUCUCACGAACUAUAUGCAGCAAUCACACUGACAUUCCCAAACAGUUAAACAUCAUUCCCGAGCAUUCUCUUGAGAUACGAAAUAAGCUUAAAGAGUAAAGGAUGGACUGUCAUCAACCAAUAUCGCAAUAAAAUACCUACUAUUGGUGAUGGGACUAAAUGCUCCCCUUUCGCCAGUGUUUCCGAAUAAUUCGAGAUGCGUGCCAUUCGGAGCCAUUAUUUUUCGAAGGUGUCGUCUCAUCAGUAUUGCUGUACCUGGAGACUCGUAGAUAGCUUAGUAAUUGAAGAUGGAUAUGUAAGCUUCUACGGUACUUUGAAGUAGAUGGCGAUACAAUAAAAUGUCAAAGAAAGUGUAACAAUACUUCCCCUCAGUCAGGUAGCAAUUUUCAGAUUUUUUUUAAUUGUUUAUAAAG